AUGGACUUCUAAGAUGAAAAUGUUCCUGUGGUUUAUAAAGUUCUCAUUAUAAUCUACCUAGUCUUAAUGGGUAUCGCUUAGGUGAUGCAAUCUAUUAUUCUUGGAUACAGAUCAGCCUUCUAAUAGCAUUUAAAGAAAAUAUUCAGCAAUAACAAAAUGGAAAACCAAAUCCUAUUUAUGAAUAGUUGUAAAAAGACCUUUAUUAUCUUUGCUAUCCAUCUAAUGGCGCUGAUAUUUUUAGUAUUCUUUACAUCAGUGUAUGUUAAAUACUAUAGCCUGGCCUAUAUUGAGAACUAAAAUAGUUUAGAAGAUAACAACAAUCAGCAAAUACAAGAGAAUUAGGCAAGGACUAGCUUAUCAUUUAUAAUAGCAUAGAGUACUUUCUAUCUGAUAAAUUAUCCAUCUAUGCUAAUGGAGAUGUUUUUCAUAAUACUAUUCAUGAACUGCUUUUGUUAAGAUGAGCUUAAGAGAUAGAGGGAACUUGCAAGAGUACAAUAGGAAGAGUUCAACUUGUAGUAGCAAAGUUUUAUGCAGAAUUUAGAAAAUGAAUAGAUUUUAACUGAAAUUGAGCAGCUUGAAAUGCAUCGAGAUAUCUUAAAGCGCUAAAAGCUUGUGAAAGAGGCAGAUAAAGCAAAGCUAGAGUAUAACAAACUUUUCAUGCAUUCUGAGAAUUCAGUGGACUCACUUGAUUGCAUCAUCUGCCUUGACUAGAUAAAGUUCUUUGAUAUAGUAGUCUAGCUAAAGUGUAAUAAAGACCACAUUUUCCAUUUUAACUGUGUUAAGGAAUGGUUUAAGGAAAAAUCUAGCUGUCCUCUUUGCCGAAGUAAUGAAGAAAAUCUGGCUAGAAGAACUGGAUAGGUUUAAACAUCCGAAUCAAUUCGGAUUAACAUUGAAGAGUGUUAGAAGAUAAAAGAUCAGAUCUCCCAUAAAAAGGAUUUGCUUAGGAAAUCUGUGCUGACUCACUAGGGUAGAAGGAGAUAUGUGAGACAUGAAGCAACUAGAGCAAUGUCAUAGAGACACAGUCUAAGAGCCAGAUGA